AUGAGGGGCCAGAGCCGGGUCCAGGAGAAGCAGGAGAGGGGCAGGCACAGGGGAAGAUCGUUACAGAGCAACCGUUAUGAGGGAGGGAAGGUGUUGGUGCGGCACGUCCCCAGCCCCGGGGAUGCCAGCCGCAGCAGCGCUGAUGCUGGCCGCGUUGCUGCCACAGGGGAGGAGGCCCAGCUGGCACAGGAGAAGAUGGAGUCCCUGCGGAUGCGGUAUCUCAUCGUGGGCCAGAGCAGUGCCGACACCAUGCACCGGCUGGGACAGACCCUGGAGGCCUCGUCCCACCUGGGCACUGCCCAGGAGGACCUGGCGCUUUGGCUGGGCCGCAUGGAGAAGGAGCUGGCCUCCUGGGACAGCCAGCACGGUGGCCAGGAGCCCCCGGCCAGCACGAGCGACAGGGAAAAGUUCGAGCAGAUCCUGGACUCCCAGCUCACCCGCUUGGCUGGGCUCGGCGAGCGGCUGGAGGAGAUCGGGCAGGUGCAGCUGGACACCCAGGCGCUCCGCUCGCAGCUCUCCGAUCAGAAGCUGCUCUCCGCUGAGAUCCUGCACCACCGGGGACUGGUGGAGCGUCUGCUGGGGAUCUCGGACCCACUGCUCCGUUCCUGCUCCGAGCCCUUGCGGCAGCAUCUCCAGCCCUCAGUGCAGGCGCUGCGGGAGCGGACGGAGCAGCUCUUCCUGCGCAGCGGAGCCUGCACCGUGCAGCUGGAGCACGCGCAGUCCCUGCUCGCCCAGUUCUCCGAGGCCCACGAGGAGCUGUCGCCCUGGCUGGAGGAGACACAGGUCGUCGGGGUGCAGCUUUCCCCCAAUGCCAUCAGCUACGAGGCCUUCAAGGAACAGCAGGCACUGCUGCAGUGUCUGCGGGAGGCCAUCGCCGAGCACCGGCCCCUGAUGGGGAAGCUGCAGCGCGUCUCGGCGCAGCUGGUGGAGCUGAGCCCGGAGCAGGGUGCCCCGUUCCAGCAGCGCUGGCGGGACGCGGAGGAGCAGUACUGCCGCAUCCGCGAGCGUGUGCGCCAGGCAGCUGCCCUGCUGGAGGACGCCCUGCCGCGUUACAGCCAGCUGACCGAGCGCAUGGACCUGCUGCUGGAGUGCCUGGAGCGGCUGCAGAGCCGCCUGCAGAGCCAGCCCUCCGUCCGCGGUGAUGCGGCCCACCUUCGGGAGCAGAUCCGCGAGAACAGCCUGGCCCUGGGCGAGCUGGAGAAGCUGGGGGUGGCCCUGGAGGCCGUCCAGGCGCAGGGCAGCGAGCUGCUGGCCAGCAUGCAGGCAGCAAACUCCGAUGCUGCUGCCAGAGGGAUCCAGGAGCGGACGGCGCAGCUGCUGUCCCAGUGGGGCUGCCUGCGGGGCCGCUGCCAGGAGCAGGAGCGCUGGCUGCGGGAGCUGCUGGCCCUGGCCGACCGCUUCUGGCAUGGCCUCUCCGAGCUGGCCCUGACGCUGAGCGACACCCAGCAGCUGGUGCUGGGGCUGGAGGAGGCCGGCGGCGAGCCCGAGGCCAUCCGCACGCGACUCCGCACCAUGCAGGCACUGCGGGAGGAGAUCGACUCGCUGCAGGGUGAGCUGGACACGCUGGGCAGCCUGGGCGUGGAGCUGAUGUCCUCCUGCGGGGACCCGGACAAGCCCGAUGUCACCAAGAGCCUGGACGAUCUCUACUCCUCCUGGCACAGCCUGAACAAGGUGUGGACAGAGCGGUACACCCGCCUCGAGGAGCAGCUCCACGCCUCCGUCAGUUACCAGGAGACCAUGCAGCGGCUGUUUGAAUGGCUGGACACGGCCGAGCUGCGCAUCGCGGAGGAGUUCCUUGUCGGCGGGGACCUGGACAUGGUGCAGCAGCAGCUGGCGGAGCUGAAGGAGUUCAAGAGGGAGCUCUACCAGUGCAAGGUGGACGUGGAGAGCCUGCGGCACCAGGGCAGCCCAGGGGGCACGGGGCAGGGGGACCCCCCGGCCCCGCUCAGCGACUUCCGCCAGCGCUGGGACCGCCUGGAGGAGGAGAUCGUCAGCCGCCAGCACCAGCUGGAGGCAGCUCUGCUGGGCCUGGGGCAGUUCCAGCACCAGCUGGAGGAGCUGCUGCAGUGGCUGUCCCGCACCGCCGAGCAGCUGCAGGGCCCAACGCUGCUGCGCCUCGACCUGCAGAGCUGCGAGAUCGAGCUGGCCAAGCACAAGGUGCUGAGGAACGACGUGAUGUCCCAUGCCCGCACGGUGCAGUCUGUCAACGAGGCCGGGCAGGGCUUGCUGCUCUCCAGCCUGGGGGAGAGCGUGGAGGGGCUCCAGCGCAGCCUGCAGCAGCUCAACCAGCGCUGGGACCUGGUGCAGAGUGAGACUGAGAGCCGGCAGCUGGAGCUGGAGAACAACCUCAGCCAGGUGCAGGACGUCACGCUGGAGAUCACGGAGCUGCUGCAGUGGCUGGAGCAGGUGGAGCUGCAGCUCUUCUUCUCCAAGCCGGCGUGGGGCCACCCAGAUACCACCAAAGAGAAGCUCACCGCACACCUGGAGCUAUGCAAGGAGAUGGAGUCCAAGCAGGAGGCGUAUAGCGGUGUGCGGGAGCGGCUGCAGCGGCUGCAGGCCUCCUGCCACGCUGGCCGGCCCUGCAGCACAGAGCACAGCCUCCGCAUCCUGGAGCAGAAGUGGGAAAGCGUCCAUGCCGAGGCCCAGGAGAGGAAGGAGCGCCUGGCCGAGGGGCUGACAGUCACCACCGAGUUCCACGGCACUGUGCAGGAGCUGCUGCGCUGGGUGGCUCACGCGGAGGAGCUCCUCGGCUCCCCUGCACCGCCCAGCUUCGUCCUGGACACCGUCACUGCGCAGAUCCAGGAGCACAAGGCCCUGGUGAAGGAGGCGAAUGCCCAGGGGGAAAAGCUCAGCAGCUUGGAGGCUGUUGCGUCUCGCUUGAAGGACUUCAGCAGGAAGCAGGAUGGUGCCGUCAUCCAGAACCUGGUGCUGACGGCCAGGGAGCGGCUGAGCAAGGUGCUGCAGCGGACGUCGGAGCGAGGGGCGGCGCUGGAGGAGGCCCGCAAGCGCACCAAGCAGUUCAGCGAGUCCCGGCGGCUGCUCCUGGACUGGAUGGACGAGGUGGAGCAGAGCUUGGAGGUGCCGCAGGACACUGCCACGAACCAGGAGGAGAUCAAGUGCCAACUGGCUGAGCACAAGGCUUUCCAGAAGGUGCUGCGCUUGAAGCGGCCGGUGUACGAGGCCACGCUGCGGAGCGGGCGGGCGCUGCGGGAGAGAGCCCGACUCCCUGAGGACCUGCAGCCGCUGGAGGAGCUGCUGGGGGAGCUGAAGGAGCGCUGGGACGCGCUGUGCAGCCGGGCUGUGGAGAGGCAACACAAGCUGGAGGAGAACCUGCUCUUUUCGGGCAAGUUCACGGAUGCGCUGCAGGCCCUCAUGGACUGGUUAUACCGGGCUGAGCCACAACUCAGCGAGGAUGUGCCCGUCGGAGGGGACCGGGACCUGGUCAGUGACCUCAUGGACAAGCACAAGGUCUUCCAGAAGGAGCUGGGCAAGCGAGCCAGCUGCAUCAAGAUGCUGAAGCGCUCGGUGCGCGACCUGACCCGCGGCAGCAGCAGCGUCGACUCCCAGUGGCUGCAGAAGCAGAUGGAGGAGCUGAGCACCCGCUGGGACCUGGUCUGCAAGCUCUCCGUCUCCAAGCAAGCCCGGCUGGAGGCUGCGCUCCGGCAGGCGGAGGAGUUUCACACCCUGGUGCAUUCCUUCCUGGGUCGCCUCUCUGAGUCAGAGAAAACUCUCAAGUACGGUGUCUUCCCCGAGGAGGAGCUGGCCGUGCAGGAGUGCCAGAACCAGCUGCAGGAGCUGAUGAAGUCCCUGCAGUGCCAGCAGCUGGAGCUGGAGUGCAUCACCUCGCUGGGGGAGGAGAUCCUUUCCACCUGCCACCCGGACUCCAUCAUCACCAUCAAGUCCUGGGUCACGGUCGUCAAGAGCCGCUUCCAGGAGGUGAGCUCGGUGCCCCUUCUCCAUCCCUCUCCGGGCAUGGAGCAGAUCUGCAUCUGCAUGGAGGAUGAGCAUGGCCCCACGCCUUUCCCACCGCCGGUGCCUCUUUGGCGCAGCCCUCCUGACCGGCGCAUUGCGGGGAGGUGGGUAUGCUCGGCCCCGUCCCCGGCCAUCGCAGAUGGUCUGGGUCUUGCCAGGGACCGGAUGGCCCUGGCUCAGCUCCUCCUGCACAGACCUGGUCCUCCGUGA